AGCACUGAGGGGACGAAGAACCCAAUUCCGGAGUAUAUUUUAACAGCCCUUUUACUGAACUUCAACACUUCAUACAUUAACCAACAAUCCAUUGCAGCAAUCGUCCAAUCAGUUACAAUAACAUUAUCAUGGCAAAUGACCAGAUGCCAACAGACCCUAUCACUGCAGUCGGAGUCCUUUCUUCACACAGCAAGGUUCCAGAUGACUACUUUGUUGUAGCACAAACAACAGAUGGCUCAGAUGCCGACCUGUGGAAGGACGGCUUAUUCAAAUCCAAGGUCACUCGCUACCUCUGUUUCACCAGAAAACCUGGCCCUGAUGUUGUUGUGGGUGUAAAGUUGAUCGACAUUAAGGACGCAUUGCCAGAGGGCUUCAUCGCAAUACAAGAAACAUUGGACACAAAGGAGCCUGCCAUGAAGAAGAGGAGACUUUGUGUGAAAAUGAGCCCACGUGCAGCUGCGGAUACGGCUGUAUUUGACUUCCAGAUCAUUGCCAAAUCCAAACAGCAUCUUGUCCACUACACCAGCAUGGGUGAGAUCAAUAACAUGGGCUUAUGGUAUCGAAUGGGAGAGGUUCCUCAUCUGCAGUCAUCUCAACAGAGAUCCAGCAAAGUUAAUAAUGGUGCCCCUUCUGACACUGAGAGAUGUGCAGCUUUCCUUUCAGCAACGGAAUCAACCUUUGCACGCAGGAGGACCAUCAGCAGGCCAACCUAUGAGCCCCAAAACUGUGGCAGCGUCACCAUAACAGCCAUGGACGAUGUGCCCUUUGGGGUCGCUCAGCGAUUUUAUGAUACAUCAAAAGAGAUGCAGCAAGUCAAUUUAAUGGGCAUUACGAUCAAAUCCCUGGCAGAGAUCGAGGAGGAAUUCCACUACAACUUCAGCACAGAGCAAAGCAUUGUGCUAUAACAUCCUCUGGAUUCCUUCAACAUGAUGGGACCAUACUGUGGACAAAAGGAUCGUCAUUAAGUGAUAAAAGAGAAAACAUAAGAUGCAUUACUGUUAUAAAAGCUGGCUGUGUACAAUGUUUAGAUUCAAAUGUAUUUGACAAUACGCCUUUGUAAAACGUGAAUAUAGUGAAAUGCUAAAAAAAAUAUGAAUCCAAUUAAUAUCCAUUUAAUGUGGGUAUUUUUAAGUUGGCUGAGAUUUUGACAUUUGGUUGCCUCCGAGGGACCAAAACGCACAACAAACAGACAGCUCUCAGGGGUCUGCAUGUUCUAGCAGAAAUAUAUUUCCAUCACAAAGUUCAUCAUGCAGUGUGCAGAACGAGCGAGCAGAGCUCUGAGGCGCUGUGCCUUUACCCCAGACGCCCAUACUUCAAUGCAGUGACACAUCAACUGAGUCAGCUCUUAAAGAAAAUCAUUCAAAUAUUAUAACAUGUCAGCUCUGAUGCACGGCAUGCCUUUUCCUACAGUCUCACAGACAAACUUGUGAAUAAAAACACCAGCAGUAAAAGUGACCAAAUAUGCAGUAAUUUAUGGGUUACAGUACACUGACACUGACACACCCAGUGUCAUGUAAAAAGCUUUGUUUCACAAACAAAUGGGAAUGACAUAGUUUUGAUUUUAUUUUGACCAACUCACUGUGUCUCAUCCAUGUUGUUACUGUAAACUGAGUAUAUUAUAUGUACAGUAAUACCUCUCCCUGGUUUAAUUUUAUGUGGCUGAAAUAUUUUUGAGCUUCUCCCUGAAGCUGCACAAGCGUCACAGAAUGACAUUCAAUAGUAAAGCAAAAGGUUCACACAAAACAAAUGGUCAGGGGGGUAUCGU